AUCAACUAUCGAUGGUGGGCCAAGUAGCGGCCACUGCAAUGGACAUCUUCGAGAGUUUUUGCCGCACUUGCGGCAAUGAAUGCCUAGAUCCCAUUAAUAUAUUUGAUGAUGUCAAGAAUAAGUCAGCGGCGUGUCAGAAUGGCAAAGUGUCCAUAAUCGAAAUGCUCGAAACCUGCACACCCAACUCAGUGCCCAAACUGAACAAGGAUGACGAUUAUCCCAAGCAAGUAUGCCGUUUAUGUCUAAAGAAGCUGGAAAUGGUCUAUGAGUUCCAGACAAAUUGGCUAAAUGCUCACAGUGAGUUCAAUGUGGCACUGAAAUUUGAACAACGACGCAAACGCUGUCAUAAGGAGGCCCAAGCUAAGUCAGAGGAGCAGGCACAGGAAGAUAAACUACCCGAAUUGGAAUUUGAUGCUAUUGUAGUGGACAUAAAAUCGGAUAACGCAAGCAAUGAGCCAUUACCAAAACCAGUUAGUAAAUUAGAAAAAUCAGUGCUGCCUGCUAUCACCAUUCCUGUUCCAUCCGUGAAACAUCAACAGGAAUCGCCCCACAAAUGCCACGACUGCGACGAGAAAUUUUACACAGCAAAAGCCUGCGAGUUUCAUCAUAAAUUCGUACAUCCGGAUUGCAUACCUUGAAUGAGUUUAUUUUGUUGUGGAUUUAAUUGAUUUACUUAGCUAUUAAAAAAAACUUCAAGCAUUUUUUGCUCAAUUUAA